CUGUGUAUGCACAGGCUUUGACAUUUUGCGAAAUUUUCGAGAAUAUCUGUGCAUCUCAAAACAUAAACAGAAGAACGUCAAAGCCUCGACGCCAUGUUGAUUGCCCGGGAUCACCUAUACAAAAUGCCAAAUACUUAGCUAGUUACAGCUCCGAGUGCACUGGCAUCAAUCUGAACCUAAAGAUAUCGAAUUUCCUUAUAACAUAUAUCAGUCGUCAGCUUCCUCAUACGAAGUACUUUUGAACUAGGCCUUUCCAAAGUAGCCUUCAACGUCAGUCCAUAGGGGGCAGCCAUCUUGGAAACUUUCAAAACAAACAAGUCGAAACAUAUACUUUUCACUUUCACUAGUUACUGUAGGGAUCGAGGGCCACCAAAACAUCCUCACCACACUGUGAAACUACCGAGAAUCCAUGCAGCACUAUUAAAAAGUCACAGGAACUACAGAGACAAGGAAACUAGCAUCAUAUAGAAGGGCGAGGACUACCGCGACCCGGGGCUGGAGGGCCUGGUGCGGGAGGAGCUUCCCGGCUGGUAUCUGCAGACGCUGCCGGAGCUGAUGGGCCGCGCCCUCGCCAUCCCCACGGUGUCCUCUGCCCCCGGCGACUACGACACCGAGCAGCUUCUCCGCUUCCACGCCUUCCUCAGGGAAAGUUUUCCUAACGCCUUCAAUGCCUCUUUCGUCGAGGUGGAAGUGGUCAACAACUACAGCUUCCUCUUCACUGUAAAGGGGAGUGACCCAGCGCUACAGCCCUACCUGCUGGCGGCGCACAUGGACGUGGUGCCCGUGGACGUCAGCAAGUGGACGCAAGACCCCUGGAGCGGCCAGGUCAUCCCCGACCCCGAGACCGGAGAGGACUACGUGUGGGGUCGCGGGGCCAUCGACGACAAACUGGGCGUGAUGGGCAUCAUGGCGGCCCUGGAUUACCUGGUGACCUCGGGGUUCCAGCCAACGAGGUCCUUUUACGUGGCGUUCGGGCAUGACGAGGAGGUGCACGGCGAGGACGGCGCCGGCCACAUCGGAGCGCUUCUUCAGGAGCGUGGCGUCGCGCUGGACUUCGUGCUGGACGAGGGCAUGCCGGUGCUGGACGGCGUCAUGGCCGGCAUGGAGAUCCCCGUGGCCGCAAUCGGCGUGACAGAGAAGGGUUGGAUGCGCGUCCGGCUGGAAGCGGACGGCGAGGGCGGCCACUCGUCCAUCCCCCCCCACGACCAGGCCGUCACUCGCCUGGCGUCCGCUCUGGUUAACCUGCAACGCUACCCGCAGCCUUCCAUGUUCGGCGAAGGGACGGAGGCUGAUCUGCUGACUCUCAUGGCGCACAAGGCAUCAUGGCCACACAAGCUGGUGUAUGCAAACACAUGGUUAUUUGAGCCCCUCCUGAAGGUGAUCAUGUCUCGCAGCCGUGAGACGAACGCCAUCAUCCGCACGACCACCGCUGCCACCAUUGUCCGCGCCGGCGUCAAGGUGACGGUGGAGGACACCCGCGAAGCGCACCCGAUUUCACCCUACGGCCCGCACGUGCCCGGCUGGCGACUCCUGGCAGCUACGGUGGCCCAGAUCUUCCCAGAGGCUGUGACCGUCCCAAGUAUGUUGGUGGGCAACACGGACACGAAGUCCUACCUGAGCAUGAGCCGCAACGUGUACCGCUUCCUGCCCGUGCGGAUGACGGCGCGGGACAUCCAGACCAUCCACGGGCACGACGAGCGGGUGUCCAGCCGGGCGGUGGGCCUGGCAGCCUCCUUCUACCACCGGCUGAUCCUCACGGCCGACGUCGGCGCCCACGCUCUCCGAACCAGGCCGGGCCAUAGGGCUGGCGAGCUCUAGGCAUGACCUGACCUCGCUUCGCUGCGGCCACACCCUAGAUCGGCUGCAGGUAACCAACAAGUCAUCGAACCUCUCAGGCCAUUUUCCUCGUGUCACGUGCUUGGUGACUGCAGCUGGUCUCCUUCGGGCGUCGUCCACGAACUCAGAGGGUCUUGCUUCUGCCGGACGAGAGGCCCAUUGGACGCGUGUAAGGCUUACUUAAUUUCAUUGUGAUAAAGAGUUACGGUAAUAGUAAUUCAUACUGCUUCUAUAACCCUGUCGGAUGUGUUGUAAUUUUCAAACAUUGUAAGUAGGGAUUUGUAAUAAAGGUUGUG